ACAGUCGGUGCUUGCCUUGCUGCCGUGACAGUACUGUACCUUUUUCUGCGUCUGUUUGAUCUCUUAUUGCUCUUUUGAACAAUUGUACUCUUGAAAUUUUCCUCGGAUUCCAUUGUACAGUCCCGGGCUGAGAGCAUUGGGACCAAGCAUCUAGUAUCAGACCUCCUCGUACCUGGUCAGAGUAGACAGAUAUUUUGAUGUUCCUAACCAAGAUGUCUCUGAAGGUUCAGACCAGCAACGUCACGAACAAGAACGACCCCAAGUCCAUCAACUCACGCGUGUUCAUCGGUAACCUCAACACAGCGGUGGUGAAGAAGAUGGAUGUCGAGACCAUCUUCUCGAAAUAUGGCCGCAUGCUGGGCUGCUCUGUGCACAAGGGUUACGCCUUUGUCCAGUACGCCAGCGAGAGGCAUGCCAGUGGGGCUGUUAUUGGGGAAAACGGACGAAUGCUGGCGGGACAGACUUUGGACAUCAACAUGGCGGGGGAGCCAAUGCCCAACAGACCCAGAGGGCAAGACAUCAACAUGGCGGGGGAACCCAAGCCCAACAGACCCAAAGGGCUGAAGAGGUCUGCCGCUGCUCUCUACAGUGGGUACGACUUUGAUUAUCACUACUACAGAAAUGAAUUAUAUGGCAGGCUGUUUGAGUACAGGGGCAGAGUGUCGCCAGUGCCUCGAGUGGUGCCAGUUAAGCGGCCUCGCAUGGCCAUGCCCCUGGUGCGCCGGGUCAAGUCUUUGCCCGUCAAGCUGUUGGCACGCGCUUCAGUCCUCCCCGGCAGCACCAUCAAGCAGAAGUCGGUGAACUCCAACGAGCUCCAGGAUAUCAAAUCAGAGCUGACUCAGAUCAAGUUCAACAUUGACGCGCUGCUCGGCCGACUGGAAAGGAUCACAGAGGACAAACACAACGCUGCUGAGCUACGGAAGUCAGAGGACAACAAGAGUGAGGUGUUUCAGGACGAGUCAUGCUCAGACACAGAGGAGCUGGUAGACGAGCCCCAUAACAGUGAUGUGGAGGAUGGGGAGGAGGACGUCACACAGAAUGAGUGUGAAGAUGACGACAUGGAAAACAACCACCUAUCAGAAAUGGACUCCAUCCUGCAAUAAAAGGCAAGUUGUUCUGAAUGUCGAAUUACUCAAGUGAAGCAAAGAAACUUUCGAUCGUCACUAAUUACUUGAAAUGUGCAUGGCCACCGGGCAUUUGUAUGAGACAAUAUGUCAGAACAGAACUACUCUGAUGCACAUUUGUAGCUGUGCUUUUGAAAGACAGCCUGGUCUAAACAGCAUGGCAGCUAGUCAAUCAUUAUAUAAAUGAUGGUAAAGUGCUUUAUUGACUUAAAUGUAGGAACAUUAAUAAAUGCUAGAGCACUCACAUGGAUAACGUCUGGGUAGCUUGCUAGCUAAGUAGAUCGAGUAAACAAUUGAGGUCUUCUUUGAAAAGCCGGGUGAGCAAUAAUACUUAAAAUAUGCAGAAAACCAGCCACCACUUAUUUAUCGACCCCAAAAAAUAGGUUGAGUAGAUACAGGGACUUGACUUGGAUGUCCAUCCGAAAGCCUCUUUCUUGGUAUAUUUCCAAGAGCAACUGUGAGUACAAAAACAUGAAUAUUGUAGCACAAUAUUCAGUGAAAUAUAGACUGUUUGCAGAUUUCAAUCAGUUUAGUUUCUCUGAGAAUUCUGUAGAUAAUGUAUGGAUACGUACAUUAUUCACUUGAAAACCUGUUAUGCAACAGGACCAUCCCAGAUUAAAUUGACCAAAUCACCCAUUUACUGUAGUAAAUGUUAACAACAAAUCUGUCUUACUUGGCUCUAAGCUAAAAUGUCAGUUACAGAUAUCUAGUGGGAAAUUACUCACAUUGAACUUGAAACAGUUGGUAAAAGUGAUCAAAAUGAGGGAAACUAUCCCGAUUGUUUUCUCUAAUCUGGUGUUCAAGAUUAAAUGUCUCAACUUCUCUCGCAUUUAGACCUCCUCAGCCACUGCGAUAUUGCAAGGCUUUCAGAAGACAAUCACGCCAUAGUGUCAGGAAUCUGUUUCUGAUUCCACUGUGAUCACAUUUCCCCAUUUCUCCUCUGAGCAAACACAGAGUGAGGCCCAGGAGAAUCAAGCCAAAUGAACACAGCGCCAGACACCAAUUUCCCCGGUUCGUCAUGCUGCCUCGGACGGACACAUGUUUAUUUAUUUAUAAGUUGACGCUCACAGAGAGGGUUUGCGUUGGAGACUGAAUCGGGCUCAUGAAGGUUGUUUUCAUACAGCAGGCUGCAGAUAUUCACAUCUGAGCCUGCAUUGAAAUAACAUGAGAACAUACACUCAGCGGACAGUAAACCCAUCUAGUCCUGGGUCAGAACCCCUUUGCCGCCAGAACAGUCUGAAUUAUUUGGGGCAUGGACACAUUGCUCAAUUGGUAUCAUGGGACACAACUUGUGCCAGGAAAACAUCAUCCCUACCAGCCUGUACCGUUGACAUCAGCAUAACGCAACAGGAACUGUGAUUCGUCGAACCAGGCAAUGUUUUUCAACUCCUGAAUUGUCCAGUGUUUGUGAUCACGUUGCCCACUGGAGCCGCUUCUUCUUGUUUUUAGCUUAUAGGAGUGGAAACUCGGUGUGGUCAUCUGCUGCAAUAGCCCAUCCGUGACAAGGAAUGAAGAGUUGUGCUUUCCGAUAUCCCGUUAUGCACACCACCGUUGUGAUGCGCCAUUAUGUCUUGUUUGUGGCCCGCCUGUUAGCUUGCAUGAUUCUUGCUACUCUCCGUCGACCUCUCAUCAACGAGCUACAACUACACUGCUGCUGUUUCACACCAUUCUCGGUAAACCCUAGAACCCUAGAAUGGUCGUGUGGUGAAAAGCCCAGGUAGCUGGCCAUUUCUGAGAUACUGGAAUCGGCUCUUGAACUGCACUGUUGGUUAAGGGCUUGUAAAUAAGCAUUUCACGGUAAGGUUUACACCCGUUGUAUUUGAAACCGAUGAUCAUACCACACUCAAAGUUGCUUAGGUCACUUGUUUUGCCCAUUCUAACGUUCAGUUGAACAGUAACUGAAUGCCUAGAUGCCUGUCUGCAAGCCACAGCCACGUGACUCACUGUCUGUAGAAGAUAACCAUUUUGAACGGGGUUGUGUACCAAAUAAACUGGCCACUGAGUGUAUAUCACCUCACCAAAAGGGUACUUCGACUGUCCCCAUAGGAUAACCCUUUUGGGUUCCAGGUAGAACCAUUUUGGGUUCCAGGUGGAAGUCUCCUUGAAAAGGGUUCUACAUAGAACCCAAAAGGAUUUUACCUGGAACCAAAAAGGGUUAUCUUAUGGGGACAGCCGAAGAACCAUUUUAUGUUCUGGAUGGCACCUUUUUUUCUAAGAGUGUAUGUGAGCCACAGCACUGUUGAUUUUUCAUCCUUACCCUCUAAUCAGGGACUGAGUGAAUGGACUGAAAUCAAACUCUUUGAGGCGGAGGGCAACAGAGCAUGGCAGGCCUGCUCUACCUACAUAAUGGUAGGGGGAACACUAGUAUUGCGGACCUCAAGGCCUGUGUUUGAAUUCUCUUGGAGUGGGCGUUUCCCAAAGCCUACUUUGUUCCAUACAUACGCAUACAGGAAAGGCUAAUAAAUAUUGUUUAAAACCGGCAUAUAUUAAUGCCUUAGUGUGUUGCACAGAUGAAUGCUACAGUUCUUAUUAUUCAAAACUAAAGCUAAUGUACUGUAUGAAUGGAGUCUAGCUGGAUUUUUCACACCGUACUGAUGGCAUACUGUGUUGAACCACUGUCUUUUCAUGUGUGUUCUGUGUGUUCCUUUGCCUCAGUUUUUAACCCUAGAGGUAAUUCACCCUUC